GACGGAAAGAAAUAAAAAGAAGAAGACAAACACGGGUGUCCUUGUGAACGUUGGCAUCCUCGCAAUUUUAUAUCCUACAUUUUUUUUUACAAUAAAUUACAGCUAUGAAGGUUAAUCCUGAUAAAUGGUACCGGAAUGCGUCAAUGCUGUAUGCUAUUGGUGUUUGGACCGUACUUGGUAGUUUAUUUUGUAAAUACAGGUUCGGAGAUAACGUAGCCAAAGUUGAACAGGUCGAUGACGACGAGCAUAACGUGGAGGUAUAUGAAACAAAAUAUACUCGGACCACAAUUAUCUACAAGAAGGAUUCUGUGCCAUAUUCCACAAUGCUUCUCAACUACAUCAAUUCUAAGUUUGGGAGCUCUAAAGAGAGUCAAAAACAAGAAGACGGGAAAUGAGCUGACUGUUUGCUUGCUUGGUUUUCAGAAGAAAAGAUUCAUUGUUUUUUCAUUUCUAAAUUAAAAAGCAAAAUCUGUGUUUUGCAAUGCUGCGACAUGAAUAACGUAUCUGAUGGUUGGCUUUGGAGAUCUAAAGGUGAAUAUUUUGUUCGUUGCAUCGGUGUUAAAUAAACAGUUGACCCCAAAAAAGGAAAUUUAAUGAAGAGUUUACUCACAUUAAAGACAAGGGUGAUUUAGUUUUGCUUCCAGAACAGAUUAAUUGAAAUGUAACAUUAAGUUCCUUGUUCAGUGGAUCCUCUGCAGUGCAUGAGUGCUGUCAGAAAGAGUCAGAUGGCACCUCACAGCAAUCCACACCACUUCAGCCCACCACUUAAUGUCAUUAAAUAAAGUCAAAAGCUUUGUAAUAAAUUGUUUUGUUUCUUUGCUAUUAGUUUUGUACAUUUGUUAUUAGUAGUAGUAGUAGUGUAAGAAUAAUGCACAUUCUUUUUAUUGUACUUUACAAAUCUCAAAGUGAUAACAAAUAUAUUUAUUAUUAACCCAAUUUUGUUUUUUCAUGUGCUCUGCAUUGUUUUACAGCUCGGUAUCUUGUAGGGCCUCAUUAAAAAGAAUGCAAAAAUAAA